UGGGACGUUAGGCGGGGGCGGGGCGCGCGGUUGCUAACGUGAGUUGUCACGUAGGCGCUGGCAUAGCGGUUCAGCUCGGACGCAGGAUGUGGCUCCAGCUCCUCACUGGCCUGGAUCACUGCCCCUGGAGCCGCCGCAUGUUAUGUCCGGGCUGUGCCAUUGGUUGCCACGGCUCUUCCUCACAUGGCAAGGACGGUGGCUUCUAGUCCAGGCAGUUCAGCCUCCGGAGUGGGCCCUGGGCCCCGUGCAGGUGACCCCCAACCCCCCACGGCUGACAGAGGCUUGGUCUUCACAAGCCUCAGAACCCGUCCCAAAUUGUCCCAUGCUCUUACACCCCUGGCAGAAGCCAUGGGCUUUAACUACUUAUCGUCGAUGUCUCCAGUGCAGAUGUUGGCCCCGCCUCAUCAGGAGUUGACUGAGACUGAGGUUCCAUACCCGGACACGGAUUCGGUUGGAGAGCUGCCUACAGGGCCAGAUCAGUUUGCUGUUCCACAUCAGGAUCUGAAUAACAAGCAAACCCAACAUCAAAAGCUCCCAGAGGCAGUUCCAGUGCUCGACUGGGAUCAGAAUCAGUCCUUGGUUCUCCCUUCUCGACACAAAAAAUCAUCACCUAAAUCCACACAUUAUGCGGCUACUGGCCUGAUGACAUUGAUUUCCUCGCUGAGUGAUAUUCCAUUGUACAGAAUUUGCAGACUGUACGAAACAGGAGUUUAAAGGUGCUGCUUCUCCAAGUGGGGAGAUUGUCAGUAAAGCGGCUGGAAUGGCGAACCCGAGCACCAGCAGAUGAAAAAUGAGGUGCG